GGAAAAACACACCCACAAGCCCGUGUGAAUGAACAUCUUUUGGAGUUACCAUCAUCUUCAUGUUAAAAGAUGAUGAAACCGGUGUGAAGAAGUUAAGCAGGUUCUUGUCUGGGACUGAAGGUGACCGUGCCGUCACACACUGUCCAUGGCAUCAGGGGACAGGCCCUCUACCUCCCAGUGCACUAUGACUACCACACUCCAGCAUCUGACAUCCAGAUCAUAUGGCUGUUUGAAAGAUCCCACACAAUGCCCAAAUACUUGCUAGGUUCAGUAAAUAAGUCUGUGGUUCCCGACUUGGAAUACCAGCACAAGUUCACCAUGAUGCCACCCAACGCGUCUCUGCUCAUCAAUCCGCUGCAGUUCACGGAUGAGGGUAAUUACAUUGUGAAGGUCAACAUCCAGGGAAAUGGAACUCUAUCCGCAAGCCAGAAGAUACAAGUCACUGUUGAUGAUCCUGUCAUAAAGCCAACGGUUCAGUCCCAUCCUGCUUCUGGAGCUGUGGAGUACGUGGGCAACAUUACCUUUUCCUGCCGAGUAGAAGGAGGUACCAGGCUGGUUUACCAGUGGCGAAAAAAUGGGAAGCCCAUUUGCAUCAACUCCAGCCACUCCUUUUCUCCCCAAAACAACACCCUUUGGAUUGUUCCAGUGACAAAGGAGGACAUUGGAAACUACACCUGCCUCGUGUCAAAUCCUGUCAGCAAGGUGGAAAGCGACAUCAUUGUGCCCACCAUAUACUAUGGACCGUAUGGACUUCAGGUUAAUUCUGAUAAGGGGCUGAAAGUGGGAGAAGUAUUCACUGUUGACCUGGGAGAAGCUGUCCUCUUUGACUGUUCUGCUGAUUCUUAUCCCCCCAACACCUACUCCUGGAUCCGAAGAUCUGACAAUACGACACACGUCAUUAAGCAUGGGCCUCGUUUAGAAGUUGCAUCUGAGAAAGUGGCCCAGAAGACAGCUGACUACGUGUGCUGUGCUUACAACAACAUCACAGGAAAACGAGAUGAAACUCACUUCACUGUCAUCAUCACUUCUGUGGGAUUGGAGAAGCUUGCACAAAGGGGAAAAUCACUGUCCCCAUUAGCAAGUAUAACUGGAAUAUCGCUGUUUUUGAUUAUAUCCAUGUGUCUUCUUUUUCUGUGGAAAAAAUAUCAACCUUACAAAGCUAUAAGGCAGAAGCUAGAAGGCAGACCCGAGUCAGAAUACAGAAAAGCUCAAACAUUUUCAGGCCAUGAAGAUGCCCUGGGUGACUUCGGGAUAUACGAGUUUGUGGCUUUUCCGGAUGCUACUGGUGUUCCCAGGAUGUCAAGUAGGUCUGCCCCUGCCUCUGAUGGUGUGACCGGGCAAGAUUUUCACGGAACAAUUUAUGAAGUCAUCCAGCACAUCCCUGCACAACAGCAAGACGACACAGAGUGAGACUCCAUGGGCAACAUAGUAUAUUGGAGUGAAAUCACGAAGAAACAUUUUGAAAGGAAACAUCUGGAAUCUGAAAAAUAAAACCCUCAGUUACAUCUAAAUGCAGAGUAGAGGCACCUGUACAGACUGAAGGGCGGUUUUCUUGACAUGCGCAAUGGACUGUGUGACAGAGGAACACUGUGGGAAUAUUCCUCCGUGGUCAGUUCAUCAUCCAGAUUGGGAGGAAGAAGAAAACGAAGCUCUCCGGUUUCAAGCAUCCCAACUGGGGCUCACUCAUGCUCCGCUCUGAUCAGCGCAUUGCCCUGUGUCACCUACAAACUCCGAGGCUUCACCUUGGUAGACGUUCGCGAUAAGCUUUGUUGUAUUAAGUGUCUAUUAUUGCUAUGAAAAUAAUCCCCCUUUUUUGUCCCAAGUUGAUUUCUUGUUAUUUGUGUCACAAAAAAGGAUGCUUAACACAAAAGUAAGACUGUGCCUUCUCCUUGGCUUUCAGUGAACUUCGGUAUCAACGGUGUUUUCAGAAAGACUGACAAAAUGUGUAAGAAAAUGGUUUGUUGAAGUAUCAUUUUCUUUUUGUUCAAAGAAAAAGUUGAAAUAAAGUAUUCUGUUUGCUUUUA